AUGGAAAAACAGAACCUGCCGACACAGGACAUAGAAACGGGAAUAGUAAGGACACCUGGACGGAGGUUCUGGUCUGGGAUUUUGUCAACUGUGUUCUUGCAAUCCAUGACCCUAACAUUUCUGGCUGAGUGGGGCGAUCGUUCGCAGAUAGCAACCAUCAUACUCGGAGCCAGAGAGGACAUCUUUGGUGUUAUGCUGGGAGGCUGUAUUGGUCACACAGUCUGUACAGGUGUGGCUGUUCUUGGAGGUAGAUUUGUAGCACAAAGGAUCUCUGUUAGAACAGUGACUCUGAUUGGUGGAGUGGUGUUUUUAAUAUUUGCUCUGUCAGCACUUUGGAUUGGUCCAGACACAUAG